AUGCCUCCUCUUUCACCAGAAUUCAAAGUUGGCGAUCGAAUCCAAGAACUAAGCCAAUCGAACAACAUUUCUCCUGGCAUAUGGGUUGUCAACGCGGUACAUGGUAACGAAGUAACGUGUGGCAAAGGUGCAGAAACGAAGAAGCUCCACAUUGAUAGUCUUAUCAAGACCGAAGAACCAGCUGUGGCCACAAUAGCAGAUCUGUGUCUGACGGACGGCUGGAGAGACAUCGAGAAGAAUGACCCUGCGCUCUUCACGACAAUUAUGGCCACAAUCAGAGCCCGUGGCUGGGAUCAGGCCUACAAAGAAUCGAUGAAAUUAAGGAGCUGGAAACUCCUCCUUCGCAGGCUGGAAACAGCAGACGCUACAGGCUUGUUGGCAUUGGCGGAUGCAGCAAGAAUCGUUCUCGGCUCUCAGUUGCUGGAUCUCAAACCAACUCAAAAGUCCAACAAGGACCCUUCUGUUCAGGAUCCGUCAUUGUCUACCUCCGAGGUCCUCAAGAGAACUCACCCCACCGGUUACGUGACCAAGUGCAAUAAUAUGUGCUUGACACGAGCUAUGACAUGGGACACCGGCAUCGGAAGCCCGAAACCGAAGCAACGAGAUCGCGUGACUGGGGACGCCUUUUUCCUCAGAGUUUCAGUUGAGGAAUCAAGGAAAAUCAAGUUCAAAGACAUCGUCGAUGCCAUAGGUGGACAGACUUUCACUGAAAAGGAGUUCGACCGUGCUGCCAGUUGGAUGCAAAAGAAAGCAAAAGACUACGUGAAACGUCUCAUGCCCGGUUACGAUUAUAACGGAAUCAAACCUUCCAAGAAAUCGCUCGAUGUAUAUAAGACGCUGCACGGAAUAGCCAAGCUGAUCCCAGUUCUAUGGCUGCUUGGCAUCACAGACUCAAUGCAGGGGGAUAUAAGUUCAAAAGCCAAGCUCUUUUUCGUUUUUCUUCUUUACAGUCGCGGAAAGCGACUCGAUGAAUACUUCAUGGAGAAGAUCAGAAAAGCGUGUGAAAAUGUGACGAUGACUCCUCGUUAUGGAUUCACUCUAUUGGAAGGAAACCCGAAGAAAAACCUUAAAAUGAAAGAUCGCAUGAAAACCGUGGCAGCUGUCAUUAAGUACGCUUUUAGUGAGACAGGGGACCUCCAGCAACUGGAGAACGCCACGGAUGCCUUCGUGCAAGAGUGCAAACGUGACGGAAAUAAGAAAUUUAACGAUCCAGCUAGCCAACCAUUGGUGAUUGAGCACCAGUGUAUGGUUCUUCAACAGUCAGCAAUUUCUUUUUUGGCCAAAUUGUUCGGAUCGCGAUUAAAGAAGCCUCCUCCUGAAGACGAGGUCCAGAAAGCUUUUCACUUUCUGGAGGGCAUCCAUGAAGUACACCCUGGGGACGACGGCAAUCGAAUGCUACAAGAAUACCAGAAGCCGAAAGACUCGAGGAAACCCUGGAACAAGACUAACUUCCCAACUGUCAACUGUACCUGGAAACAUGACAAGAGAAGCCAACAAAAAAUGCUCGUUGUAGCGACAGGCUAUAAAGCUGCGAAAGACGACUACGAACCGCAUACGAGAAACCAGACACCGACCUGCGGUGGCGGGGACUCUGGAAUGAUGGGACAACCGGACGCAUUUGAUGAACCGAGGGUCAGCUACUCUGAGGGCGCAGUGGCGGAGGACUAA